AUGGGUUGUCGUCUCACCAAGACCAAGGCCAAGACUCACAAACCGGCUCAGCAGCACCAACACCGGGAGGAGUUGCACUUCGUGGAUGAGUAUGGCCAGCCAAUCACAAUGCAGGUGGAAGCGAGAAGGGAGCAUGGUCACAGGAGGCGGCGGUCUCGAUGCGGGCCGGAGUUCAGCGUCCCAACAGAGAGACACUGGGAGGCCCUGAGAGCCAUGGGGCUGAUGGAGGGAGAGGGGGGCCAGGGAGACGGAUACACCGCAGGGCCUUACUAUGGUCACAUGGCCGUGUCACCUGACCUGUACUCGGCCAACAGUCACAUGAUGAUGUCUGAUGUCUAUCCACCCAAUGGAUACCUGCCUAUAUCAUCCAAUGAUCAGCAUCAGGGGAACAGCUACUUGCCCAGCGUCUCCUACAGCUUAGAUCACCUGGACAGACUGGACUACCAGACUCCAGAAAUGUUGCCCUACCAGCCUAACUCAGAGAGCUGUCUGAUUGGCUGCUACAACACAGAAGAGAUGGAGCCAAAUCAUUUCUCCAGACAGCAGGACUACCAGCCUCCCUGGCGGUCUGAUCGUCAUCUGGGAUACCUCCCCCUCAGUGAGCUGGACAGUGGGCUUGGAUGUGGUCCUGACAGUCCCCACCACCGGGCGGCGCUCUCCGAGGCAGAGACAGACGCCAUGUCUUCUCUGCCCGGUCACACCGCCUCCUCCCAAGGCUCCUCCUCUUCCUCCGAGUCCCUCAUCUCGUCUGAACCCAGCGACUCGGGCUUCCACAGCGUCAGCACCGGGGAGCACAGACGACUGCAUAAGAUACACGGAAGCCACGCCCAUCGACAAACUCACCAUCUUCGCUCGGGCCACUCCCCUCGAGAGCAGAGAGGACGCUGGGAUUUGGAGUCCAUCCCAGAGACCACUCAAAUGACUCACUCUGGAGCACCACAGGCGUCCCGUUGCACUGUGGGUAACAGCACGACCACCACAGUUCACUUCCACAGAGCUGAGAGAAGUCCGACCUUACCUCGCCACCGUUCACCACCUUCCCCUUCCAUUGGUUGUCAUACUGAGCCCUGCCAGCGUAGGGCGCUGUGGUUGGAGCAGCAACAGCAUGGUGGCGGGAGGAUAGAGGUUCCAGUGCGGAGUCGAACAAUAACAGAUUUGAGCGAAAGCCAGCGCCCCCGCAGGGCCAGUCAUCCCAACAUGGCCGAUCCAAACAUUCUCCAGAACAGCCAACCACGAGCAGCCAGCAGCACGCUGGGCCCGAGGAGCAGGGCCAGUUAUCCCAGUAACUCUCGCCCCACCAGUCACCACCUCAGCAUCGACAGAACCAGUAUGAUCAAUCAGCAGAACAUACUGAGAAACAGCAAGCGCAUGAGCCGGAGCAGAGAGGAGGACUACCUCUCUAAGAGUCCUGGGUCCGGCUCCAGUGGAGCACUGUCCAAUCAGAAGUCAGUCAGGAACCAGCUCCUGAGAGCACGAGCUUACCGAUUGGCCAGGGAACGCAGCGAGGUCACAACAGAUGAGGACGUGCGAGGAGAGGGGGAGAGAGAAAGGGAUGAUAACGGGGAGGAUGGACGAUGGGCUGGGAGAUACUGGAGCCGCACCGAAAGAAGACGCCAUGUUGCGUUAUCACGGCAACACAGAGAGAGGAGGGGAGGGGAGGAGCAUGGCGGGGGUCUUCAGGGGUCGCUGUCGUCUCAAACUGUGCUGGAGCUGAGCCACAUGAAGCAAAACCGACUGAGGAACCGCAAACUGCUUGAUGAUUGGACAACUGUUGAAGAACUGCUGACUCACGGGACACGAGUGGAGAGCGACAGUCAGCUUUGUCCCAGCCCUCUGUUAUCAGUUACAACUGUCUGA